AUGGCUUACCGCUGUGUACUUGGUCUUCUUACGCUAGCGUUAUCUUGUCGCGCUGAGCCCUUCAAUACCUUCGACGGCCCCGGCCACCCUGCCUGCAACAAUGUUGCAAAAGUCUACAACGCUACUUCCGUGGAGGAGAUGCAAACCAUCGUUCGCGAUGCAGCGGAGUCAAACACACCUGUUCGAGCCAGUGGUAAAGGCCACAUGUGGUACGAUACCAUGUGCAGCGAUGAUCCCACAACCGUCAUCAUCCGCACCGAGGAUGUCAAUAAGAUCUCAGACUUGGACCUACCCGAAGGUGCGUCCGAGGGCUCCGUGAUGAUCGAAGCAGGUGUCACGUUUCUCCAGCUCGCUGAAUAUCUGCAUACGAAUGGCGCAAGCGUUGGCUACACACUUGUCAACUGGAACAUCACUCUCGCAGGCAGUAUCGCCAUGGGAGCGCAUCGCAGCAGCCUCAGAGAAGACAGCAUGGUAGCAGCCGGCGCGCUCGAACUUCACAUCAUCGAUGGCAAGGGCAACAUCACUGUGGUGAAGCGGGACAACAGCAACGAUGAUUGGCUUGCAGCGUCGACCUCGUUGGGACUACUUGGUGUUAUUGCACGAAUCAAGUUCAAGGUUUAUCCUGACUUCAAGGUAUAUGCGCAACAGAAGAUUCUGGCAGAGGACCAAGUUCUCAAUGGAGAUAUCUACGGAAUGAUUCAACCCUAUGCCACAGCCAACCUCUGGUGGUGGCCUUUCUUGAAGAAGUUUCACCACAGGUACUACGACAAAGUCGACAUCAACAACUCCACCCAGGAAGGCUUUCAGUCAACGUUCAGCGUCACAAAGACUGAAGCGGAUCUUGCUCUCGGCAUCCUCAAUGCUGGAAAAUAUCUUGCGACCUCUAACCAGCUAGCCGAGACGACCUUCUUCGCCUUGUGGUCUGCGCCCAACUUCCACGAGAAGACCACCGACAAGGCUAUACUCACAUGGCCCGUGUAUGGCUGGAACUACGACGUCCUGAUCGGCGGUCUCUACCCAGGCUAUGGCACAGAGUGGGAUUAUGGACUUCGUGGACUCACACUGGAACUCGCAUUUCCCGUCACACAAGCCAACGCGGUGCUCAAACGCGUCCGCAAAGCCUUCGACGACUCCGCCGCAGCCGGAAAGCCCAUGACCAGCACGUACCGCAGCGGCAUCAACAUUAAGUUCGGCAAGGCGUAUUUCGACCUACUGGGCCAAGUUACAACAAAUACCUCGGACGGUGCAGACUGGAGCAAGGGUGCCAUCAUGUUCGAUUUCCCGAGCUUCCAGCCGACGAUUGGUGACAAGCUGAGGUACAAUGAGCCAUUUUACCACAAUCUUGCGCAGGCGCUGAUCACCGAGUUCCCGUGCCGGCCACAUUGGACGAAGAACACGCGGGAGGUGUUUACGCUGGCGAAGGAUAAGAUUGAUGCGUCGCACCUUGCGAGAUUCAAGAAGGUGAGGGAGAAAUUUGAUCCGAACGGUAUCUUCAAGAGCAUUGUGGGGCAGAUUCUGGGGUUGUAUGAUUGAAGUGGCGUGUAGAUAGUGUAGCUGAACGGCAGUAC